AUGGGAAAAGCACGUGUCAUGUCAAGCAGCACCUUGACGGGCGUUGACGUCAGAGCAUCGCGGAGUCGCUCCACCUUUCUCGUGCAUGGGGUACUGCGGCGUAUCCCGGGAUACGCCUUCCUUCUGAUUCACUUGUGCUUUCUUCACAUUCUGUGGGGGCAACUGGUGGACCAAUUCUUCAACGCGACGAUCACUUUCACGAAUACCAACGUUACCAAAACGGACCUGGCCAAGGAGGCAUUCAUUCGUGUAUGUAACAGGAUUUGUCGGUCGGUAAACCAGACACUGCUGCAUGGACUAGUGGAUGUUUUGAAGACGAAGAGCGGCGCGGGAGCGACCGGCGCGCUUGCGGCGUCACGAGAAAUUCUUGCCUUUUUGUGGAAGUCUCCGUCUAGCAUGGUGCUCUUCUUCGGCCUUGCAUUCAUCUGUCUCAACAGUGUACUCGCUGCAUUGCGGCUCUUCACCGGUUUCCUCAGCAGCCUCACAGCGCUAUGUCGGAGUCGACGGCAGCUGGAGCGGGGUGGCUCGCGGAAGCCAGUGCCACUGCACAUCACUAUGCGGUAUGGCAACGGGUAUGACAGCAUGCUUCGUUUCACUCUGGCUGCUGUUGAGCUGGCCUGGUUCAUGAGCUACCCUGUGUUGAGCUCGGCAGAAUUCGCGAAGAGCACUGCGGACAAGACGCGUGGUGUGCCUGGGGUGACGGAGCCGACGUAUGCUUCUCUGCGCCAACUCCAGGUGCGUCACCAAGCCAUCGCCAGCUUCCAAAUUGAGGCCUCGCUCCUUCUCCCUCCGCAGCUGUUCGAGUCAACAGCCGACGCCAUCGCCGCUGGCGCGUUUGUGAUCAUAUUCGUGAAGGUGGUACUGGGAGUUGUAGUAGCGCUGGAUGCGCAGCGCCUCUUUCACGGCCUUGUCGGGGUGCGGCCCCUUUUCAUACCGAACGGGUGGGAGCGAUGUCCCGUAUGCGGCGCUCUCUGGAAGCGGUCCCGCAAGGUCACCAACGCGGUCCACCUGUGCCCCAAGAUUUUCACUGCCACACCGUUGCUCUCAGGCAGCUCUCCUGGCGCGACAGCAUCGGACACGGAGGGGGAGGAGGAGGAAGACAUGCGAGGGCAGGUGCCGGGCACGGUAAGGAGUAGUGUGGGUGACCGCAGGCGCGUUGGCCCCCCAACGGAAGCAACCCAUCGCCCCGGCGACGCCUUUCCCAACCCGAACACGGUCUCGUUUGCCUCGUUGGUGACAGACAGCUGGGUCAGCCCUCUCAUGAACUUCACUCUGCUCUCCCCCCUCAACACCUUCUCGCCCCCGCCCUUGUCCUCCAUCACCGAUGACGGACGUGGUCAUUGGCGCGCACUGCUGCGUGUAGUGGACCGACUACCGAGACUUCCACGCUCUCUGCGCACGCGAGACACGAUCGACGAGCCAGCGUGGGCGCUGUGGCAGCGCCGACACGAGCUUGCUGCUCACGGAGAGGCUAGGUGGUUGGAGCGCAGUUUUAUGGCCAUCACAGGACCUAUCCGCCGCGUCCUGCUGCGUGCCUUCGCAGUCUUCUUCCUCCCUCCCUCCGCGCGCGGAGCGGACACCCGACAGGACGCAUGGGGUCCUGUCCGUAGUGGCUCGUCGCUCUUUCGCGUGUUUCUGCGCCACCCCAGCGGCCGUCAGUUUGUGCUUGUCUGUGUCCCGCUGAAGCUGACCCAAGACUUGCUGUCGCUGCUGGCCCCGCGAGUCGUAAAGUCGCUGGUGGCCUUUCUGAAGGAGGUGAGCGCAUCGAACGUCAGCGUACGUCAGAGCUACCUCGGCCGCGGCCUCCUGAUUUGCCUGAGUCUCAUUCUGGUCGUGUCGCUUCAAGCUCUCUUUUUCCAGCUGUACCUGACCCACCUGUACGCCGCCUGCCUCAAGUCCGCCUCCGCAUUGAAGACGUUGCUGCUGCGGCAGGCUCUGGCAACGCCAUUGGCGUACGCCGGUGGAGGCAGGGGCGGUGGCGGCAAGAGGGCCCCCAUGUCACCCUCGGCAUCCGAAAUCCCGCAUUCCCCCACUCGCCCGAGUGAGAAGAACGACGGGAAAGUAAAAGAUGGGCUGUCCUUGUCAACGGUAAUACCAACAGCUGAGGAAGUGACCACCACCCCUACGCUGUCACGCGAAGGCGUAAUCAUGUCACUUCUGACCGUCGACGUCACCAACUGCGCCGACUGCCUCAUCUUCUUGCACAACGUGUGGGGUCACCCCUUCGUGAUCAUAUCAUCCUUGAUGAGUAUGUACACAUACGUCGGUCUCUUCUCUACGCUCGCUACGUUUGCCGCUCUCAUCGCGCUGAUUCCCCUGAACCGCAGCAGUGCCGCCCGCGUGCGCACAGCGCAGCAGCAAGCAAAAAACAACGAGUCUCGUCUCAGCGAUCUCACCGCUGCCCUCUCGUCAAUGCGCACAGUGAAGUCCAUGGCACUGGAGGAGUGCCUCGUUGGGCGAGUGGAGGAAGCCCGCGUGAGAGAGAGUGAUGGAACGAAGCUCGUUGGACAAGCAGAGAGCGUCGCUGCGGCGCAAACGGAAGUGACAACGUUGCUGGUCGCGCUCGUGUGCUGCGGGUCGUACCUUCUCACCGGUGGCGUCAUGGACGCGGCGGUUCUGGUGCCGACGAUGGCGGCGCUGCAGGUGAUGCGGUUCCCUGUGUGGACGCUGCCGCACCUCUACUCGCAAGUCUCUCGCGGCUACACCUCGAUGCAACGCAUCGAGCGCUUUCUCUCCGAGCUCGAAGCCGGCGAGAACGCCAGCACCGCCUACGUGGAGCAUCGCCUACGUCAGCAAAACGGCGAGGGUGCGGCGAGAGAAGUUCAGUCAUCGGUUGCCGUAGCUGUGAGGGCCGGCGAAGUGCGAUGUGACCGUGGCACAUUCGCAUGGAGCACGCAGGCAGCCGUGGCAGAUCAAAUCGCAUUCGACAACGCCCUCUCCUGCAGCUCCCCGAAAGGGUUGCGCGCCUAUGCCCGCUCACCGAACGCUGCGUCCAAGGAAGGUGACAGGCGAGGGGAAGAGGAUGCCGCUUCAAGUUCUAUGUUCAGCGUGUAUAGUAGUCCGCGGGAGAGCGCCUCUCGCGCGGUCGUUCUACACGGCAUCACCCUCAACAUCUUUCCGGGUGAGUUUGUCGUGGUGCAUGGUCCCACAGGGUGUGGGAAAAGCGCCCUGCUACUUUCCAUGCUAGGAGAGCUGUACGUCAUGCCGAAUGACAGUGAUGCCACGAGCACGAGAAGCACAACAGCAGCGUCGUCGGAGACGAGGGUUUCAUCUGAUAGUCAGGGAUUUCAGGUGGGCGGUCGUGUGGUGUACUGUGCCGAGGUACCAUGGUUGCGCCAGGGGACUAUGCGAGAGAAUAUUCGCCUCGUCUCCGACGACGUCCCCGAGAGCCCGACGGAGAGAGAGUGGUACAAUCGCGUGCUCGAAGCCUGCGCCCUCAAGAAUGACAUCAAGGCGUUGGCAAAGGGUGAUCGCACCAUGGUGGGUGAGGGUGGCUCGAAGUUGUCGGGGGGGCAGCGCGCGAGAGUGGCGCUAGCGCGUGCUGUGUACCGCUACAGCGAGACGGACGUAUUCAUCCUUGACGAUGUCCUCUCCGCACUCGAUGUGGAGGUGCAGAAGCACAUCAUUGCGAACCUGUUCCAUGGACUCCUGUGUGCUGACGCAGGAUCCUCCUCCGCCGAGCAGCGCCGCACAAAAACUGUUGUGCUCGCCACACACGCUGCGGUGAACCUGCUGAUGCCAGAUCGCGUGCUCCAUCUGUGGCCGGAUGGCACACUGCACGAGGACAUGACCCACCAGGCGCCGACGGAGGACCAAGUGCACCGGCAGAAGAGCGCGUGGCGCAACGCGACGGCGGCGGCGGCGACAAAAGAGCACCGACGGUCCAUUCACUACCAGGCCGCUGGCACUGCGGCGGCAGAUUUGUCGACGCGCCAGAACGAGUUCCUCCUUCCUCUGUCCACAAAGUCGAAGCCGGUGGCAGAACCAUCACCCAAGCAGUCAUCUGCGCCAUCCGUGCGGCCGCCUGCGGCCGGCAUCGAUUCCCUUCUCCCACGCGCCGCGGAUCUGCACCGGCUCUUCAUCGAGUACAUCGGCGGCGGGCGGCUCUUGUGGUUCUUUGCCCUCAGUGUGACCAUGCAGCUUUUCCGGACGCUGAUGGAUAACUGGCUGGGUGUGUACAUUUCUCUCUACGAUAAGCGUAAUGCAGCCUACGAGACCAUUUUGCGCAGUACCAAGUCCCAGCGAGCGCGCAAGUUCAUGCUCGACAUGCUGUCUCUUGUCGUCCUGCGAGGCGACAAGGCUACGCCGGCCCCACCACCCCCACCGGUGGUCCCCGUCUUCACCAUCUUUGGUGUUCCUGUUGUGUGGCGCAACCCUUUUGUGCUGGACACCGUUGUCGCGCAGUUCCUUGGAACGUACGCCUUCAUCGGCUUCAGCGCCGCGCUGCUGUCGAUGAUCCGCACCGACUACUUUUUCCGCUCGUAUCAGCGCAUGGCCGACGCGCUGCAGCUGCAUGCAGUGCGCAAGUUGUUCAAGGCGCCGGUCUCCUACUUCGACCGCAUUCCGUCCAGUCGACUGUUGCAGAUUCUCAGUCGCGAUCAGGAAGUGGUAGAUCGCGCCCUUGGUGAAUCGGUUCAGCUCAUAUUUCUGACAAUUCUCCAGCUCUUCGGGAUGGUGUGCUUCAACGCUAUCCACUUCGGCCCUUUCAUCGCUGUGUUUCCGAUAUCCGCGCUUCUCUUCUACCAUCUGACAGUUCGCUUUCUAUCCUUCACCAAGCAAGUUCGCGCCCUGGAAGGUGUGCUGCAGAGUCGAUCAGUUGCCGUCAUGAAGGAUGCCGUGAACGGGGCGAUCACGAUUCGAGCCUUCGGUGCGGUGCUACAGGAUCAGCUUGUGCAGGAGAUGGACGAGGCGCUCGACGCUGUUCACAUCGCCGCCAACGCCGGACUUACGGCGGAUCGCUGGGUUGCCCUGCGGCUGGAGUUUGUUGCCCUUGCCUUAACUUCAGCGCUCGCACUCCUUUCGGUUCUGACGGUGUGUCUGUCGGCAACGACGUCCGCAGGCAGCGCGGCGUUUGCCGGACUGGGCAUCAUUUCCAGCAUGACCGCGUCGCGCUCCCUGUCGAUGCUGUGCCGGCGCUUCGGCAUGUUUCAGAACCAGUUCGUCAGCGCUGAGCAGCUUCUGCGCCUCGAGGAAGAGAUACCAGCGGAAGAGACACCUGCAGCCGCAGAGGGUUGCAGCGAUGAUGAGUCCUCGGCGUCGGAGCGCUGCGCCGCCACGGAAGCGGGCACGUGCCUGCUGCUCGAUGUACGCCACCUGUGUGCGAAAUACCAACCACAACUUCCGUGGGUGCUGUCGGACAUCUGUUUCACGCUGCGCCCGGGCGAGUGUGUGGGCCUGAUUGGCCGUACAGGCAACGGCAAGUCGUCCCUCUUCAAUGCCUUGCUUGGGCUCAUGGACGUCGUGGAGGGUGAAAUCCGUAUUCCUGGCGCGCUGUUUUCUUCCUCACCACAGCCAAAGGCACGACAACUCAACGCGAUCCACCUCCCGCAGCAUGAGCUUCGCAAGAACUACUUCCAGCUGGUCUCCCAGGAACCGCUUCUCCUGCAAGGCACAUGUCGCACCAACCUCCUCCUCGGCCUCGAUGACGACAGUGCUGCGUCUCUGGGGGCAUCUGAUGAGCCCCGGGUCACAGUUGACGCGGAGGCCCUAGACGCGCGCCUGAGCGCGGUUCUGCGGAAGGUGGCCCUAGAUGAACUUCUCGAGCCGUCGUCCACCAUGCCACUCCCGGGACAGCCGGCCGUAACUGGCGGCGAUGGUGAGGUUGCGUCAUCAGCAACCCGCGACGCAGAGGAGUCCGCCUCUGACUCUACCGCAUCCCCAACCUCUACCGCCGACGUCGCCACCCGCGCGCUGGACCACGUCGUCACCGCUGGUGGAUCAAACCUUUCCGCCGGACAACGCCAACUGUUGUGCCUCGCCCGCGCCAUCCUGCACCGACCACACGUGGUUUUACUGGACGAAGUUAGCUCACGGGUGGACCGACGCACGGAUGACCUGAUCCAGCGAGUCAUCAAAGAAGAGAUGCUAUGCCGCGGUGGUGAGGGCGACGGCGACAGAAGUGCCGUGAAAAGCGGCGUCCUUCUCAUUGCCCAUCGCCUGGAGACUAUCAUGUCCCUGUGCGAUAGCGUCGUCGUCAUAGAGAAGGGCAGGUGUGUCGCGCACUUGUCAAAAGAGGAGGUCAACUGUUUGGAGGACUUGGAGUCAUACCUCUGA